AUGGCUUCCUCGGACUCGUUAUUCCUGACCUUACCCGGAUCCGUUGCGUUCUCGGAGUUUCGAUGUCGUGGUAUUGCGGCAAACACCAAUGCCAAAGCUAUCCGGGCCCAGUGGGUACACUAUCUGCACCUUGCAGAGCCUUUGCAAGACAACCAGCCCACCAACCUAGAGCAGUUAUUGCGGUACGGAGAUAUCGCAGAUUCUCCUGGAUCCUUUGGGCCUCAGGACGGCAAGACUCUUACGUACUAUGUUAGCCCGAGGGUCGGCACCAUCUCGCCAUGGAGCUCCCAAGCCACCGGAAUUGCCCACGUCUGUGGUUUUCAAAAGUGUCUUAAGCGCAUCGAGCGUGGACUCCGGAUCUCAUGCCUUGUAGAUGAAGGGGUCGACAGCCUAGAUGCAGCGAGCCUCGAUGUUUUACACGAUAGGAUGACCCAAGUCAUAAGCACCGAGGAGCCUAACCUCCAGGCUAUGUUUGCUGAGAAAGCCCCGGCUCCAUUGGAAGUUGUGUCUCUUAAGGAUGGAGAGAAAUCUCCUCGAGAGAUCCUUCAGGACGCAAACAAACGUCUCGGACUGGCUUUGGAUUCAUCAGAGAUUGAUUACCUUGUUGACGCUUAUGCCGCUGGGGGCCCAAUCUCAAGGUCUCCUACGGAUGUGGAGUUGUUCAUGUUUGCUCAAGUCAACUCCGAGCACUGCCGUCAUAAACAAUUCAAUGCAUUAUGGAUCAUAGAUGGGGAGGAGAAACCAAAUACCCUUUUCGGAAUGAUCCGAAACACUCACAAACAACAUCCUGAUUUUACCGUCAGUGCGUACAGUGAUAAUGCUGCGGUUCUAGAAGGAGAGGAAGCGGGGCAUUGGGCACCAGAUGCUACAGGAGAAUGGGUUCAGACAAAGGAGAAAGUCCAUUUCCUAGCUAAAGUGGAAACCCAUAACCAUCCAACUGCCGUCUCGCCUUUUCCGGGAGCUGCCACCGGUUCCGGCGGUGAGAUUCGAGACGAAGGCUCUGUAGGUCAAGGGUCGCGACCAAAGGCAGGCCUAUGUGGCUUUUGUGUCUCGGAUUUACUCAUCCCAGGCCACAGACAGCCUUGGGAGCUUGAUGUCGGAAAACCAAACCACAUUGCAAGCAGUCUAGACAUAAUGCUUGAAGCUCCUAUUGGAAGCGCUUCUUUUAACAACGAAUUUGGCAGACCAUGCACAGGAGGUUAUUUCAGAACUCUUCUGACCAAAGUUGAUACCGACAAUGGAGAAUCUGAGAUCAGAGGUUAUCAUAAGCCAAUUAUGAUUGCCGGCGGUGUUGGUACUGUUCGUCCCCAGCACGCUUUAAAAAACCCGCACGCCGUUAAGCCAGGAUCUUACCUUAUAGUGCUCGGAGGGCCGGCAAUGCUCAUAGGGCUUGGAGGCGGUGCAGCUUCUAGUAUAGCCUCAGGAGAAGGAUCUGCUGAUCUAGAUUUCGCAAGCGUCCAGCGUGGAAAUGCAGAGGUUCAAAGGAGGGCACAGGAGGUAAUCAAUGCCUGUGUUGCCAUGGGACCAGAUAAUCCCAUCAAGUUCAUUCAUGACGUUGGUGCCGGAGGGUUAUCCAACGCUUUGCCCGAGCUUAUCCAUGAUGCUGGCCUUGGGGCUUCGUUUGAACUUCGGGAGAUAGACAAUGCAGACAAGGGUAUGAGCCCUAUGCAGAUAUGGUGUUGUGAAGCCCAAGAGAGAUACGUCAUGGCGGUGUCGGAGGAGGGCAUCAACAGUUUCGUUGCAAUCGCAAAUCGUGAGAGAUGUGGUUACUCUGUUGUUGGUCGUGGCCUUGGACAACCGGACGAGAGCCGUAGACUUGUUCUACUCGACAAGGACUCGAAGGAAUACCCAAAGCCAAUCGACCUCCCUCUCUCUGUUCUAUUUGGAAAACCACCCAAAUUAACAAGAACAGUCUCCUCGAGAAAACUUAAUCUUCCCUCGUUUGAUUCUAGCCUUAAGACUUACAUCCCCUCUGUGCCAGAACAGGGAUUGAUGGCUGAAGCUGUUGAUAGGGUUUUGCAUCUUCCAGCUGUUGGUUCUAAGUCAUUCCUCAUCACUAUUGGUGAUAGAACCGUUGGCGCUCUCACUGCCAGAGACCAAAUGGUUGGACCAUGGCAGACUCCUGUGUCAGACGUAUCUGUCACUGCCACUUCAUUACUUCUUGGAAUGAAAACAGGAGAAGCCAUGGCUAUCGGUGAAAAACCAAAUCUUGCCCUCAUAUUUCCAGCUGCGUCGGCAAGAAUGGCUGUCGCUGAAUCACUGAUGAACAUUGCAGCUGCGGACUUGCCAGAAAGGCUCAGCCGUGUCAGACUCUCGGCUAACUGGAUGUCCGCCACCAACCACCCUGGCGAGGGUGCUGCUAUUUACGAGGCUGUUGAAGCCAUUGGUAUGGAUUUAUGUCCGAAGUUGGGGAUAAGUAUUCCUGUCGGAAAGGACUCCAUGUCCAUGAAGAUGAAAUGGAGUGACCAGGAAACAGGGCAGUCUAAGGAGGUUACCGCUCCUUUGUCUUUGGUUAUUUCUGCAUUUGCGCCGGUUCAGGAUAUAAAAAACACAUGGACUCCUACUCUGCGAAGUUUCGAAGAAGUUGGUGAAACCGUCUUGAUGUUUGUUGACCUCUCGUGUGGUAGGAAGAGUAUGGGAGGUUCAGCUCUAGCACAAGUUUUUGGACAGGUCGGAAACGAGUGUCCUGACAUACGUGAUGUGCAACUCUUCAAAGACUUCUUUGAUGCUACACAGUCACUUCAGGAAGCAGGAAUUGUCCUUGCUUAUCACGACCGCUCGGAUGGCGGUCUCUUCACAACUAUUGCCGAAAUGAUGUUUGCCGGAAGAUGCGGAGCACAGAUCAUGUUGGACGAAAUAUGUCCGAGCCCCAAUGUCAAGGAUGCUAUUGAAACCUUGUUCAAUGAGGAGUUGGGCGCCGUGUUCCAAGUCCGCAAGACUCAUGAGGGCGAGUUCAGGAGCUGCUUUGCAACCUGUGGCCCACCACCUGGUUUGAUCUACAGGAUUGGUCGUGUUGCGGAAAAACAGAAGCAGAACUUGGCUAUUUAUCAUGGAGCCACCUUGAUAUACAGAGAGAGCCGCUCUCACCUGCAACGUGCUUGGUCCGAGACUUCAUACCGCAUGCAGCGACUCCGAGACAAUCCAGACGCUGCUGACCAGGAAUUUGAGAAUAUUCUCGACGACAACAACGCUGGACUCUCGUACAACUUGACCUUCAACCCUAAGGAAACAGGUCUCCCAUUGAUGACGAGCCUUACUUCUCGGUUCUCGCCUUUUGCAACGCGUCCAAGGGUCGCAAUUCUCCGUGAACAGGGAGUGAACAGCCAAGCCGAGAUGGCGUUUGCUUUCAACAUGGCUGGCUUCUCUGCCGUUGACGUUCACAUGAGUGAUAUUCUCACUGGCAAAGUUUCUCUCUCUUCAUUUGUAGGCUUAGCUGCAUGCGGUGGCUUCUCAUACGGUGACGUUCUUGGAGCAGGACGUGGAUGGGCUAAGUCGGUCCUUCUCCACAAGCAAACUCGCGAGGAAUUCAAGUUAUUCUUCGAAAGGCCUGACACUUUUGCUCUUGGAGUUUGUAACGGCUGUCAGUUCUUUGGUCGUCUCAAGGAAUUAAUUCCUGGUGCUGGAAUAUGGCCAAACUUCGAGCGUAACGCCAGCGAGCAGUAUGAGGGUCGUGUGUGCAUGGUUCGAAUUUCAGAGCCAACUGACAUCCCUCCAACCGUUUUCUUCCACGAUAUGAACGGUUCUUCCCUCCCUAUCGCCGUCGCUCACGGAGAAGGCAGAGCAUCGUUUGAAGAUACCCCUGGAAUGGACGGCAAGGAACUUGUGAAGCGUGGACUUGCCCCAGCUCGCUAUGUUGACAACACAAGCCUUGAGCCCACUAUGCGAUAUCCAUUCAACCCUAACGGCAGCCCUGAAGCUAUUGCUGGUGUACGUUCACCGGACGGAAGGGUUCUUGCAAUUAUGCCUCAUCCAGAGCGCACUAUAAUGGCUGGUAUUGGAAGUUGGUUCCCCGGAGAUAAGGCAAUGAGUGAGGAAUGGGGCAACAUUGGCCCAUGGGGUAGGGUGUUCUUCAGUGCCAGACGGUGGGUUGGCUAA